GUGCAUUUGUGAGAGUAUGAGGAAGUAGCUUUUUGAAUAGUCGCAGUGGAUGUCUUGUAGGUUUUUGCUGGCUGCUGUUGGCUUUAACCGUCCUGCUGUGUGUGUGUGAGAGAUGGCUGCAAUCUGUGGAUAUUAACGACACACACACACACACACACACACAAUCUCUGGUCAGUGGACACCUGGAGAGGAGAGACCCUCAGGAACAAUGGCGAAGUAUCACUGGCAGAGUCAAAAUGUGAAGCAGAGCGGCGUGGACGACAUGGUCCUGCUGUCCAAGAUAACCGAGGAUGCCAUCGUGGACAACCUGAAGAAGAGAUACAUGGACGACUACAUCUUUACUUACAUCGGCUCCGUGCUGAUUUCAGUCAACCCGUUCAAACAGAUGCCCUACUUCACUGACAGAGAGAUCGAACUUUACCAGGGAGCUGCCCAGUAUGAGAACCCACCACACAUCUACGCUUUGACUGAUAACAUGUACAGAAACAUGAUGAUAGAUGGAGAGAAUCAGUGUGUCAUCAUCAGCGGUGAGAGCGGUGCUGGAAAGACCGUGGCUGCCAAAUACAUCAUGGGUUACAUUUCUAAAGUAUCUGGAGGAGGGUCCAAAGUUCAGCAUGUAAAAGACAUCAUCCUACAGUCUAAUCCUCUGCUGGAAGCUUUUGGUAACGCCAAGACUGUACGCAACAACAACUCAAGUCGUUUUGGUAAAUACUUUGAGAUUCAAUUCAGCAGAGGGGGAGAGCCAGAUGGAGGCAAAAUCUCAAACUUCUUGCUGGAGAAGUCGAGAGUGGUGAGCCAGAAUGAGAACGAAAGGAAUUUCCACAUUUACUAUCAGAUGAUAGAGGGUGCCAACGCUCAGCAGAAAGAGGGCCUAGGCAUCAUGACCCCAGAAUACUACUACUACCUCAACCAGUCUGGGACCUACAAGGUGGAUGGGACCAAUGACAGCAAAGACUUCCAAGAAACUAUGGAAGCCAUGCAGGUUAUCGGGAUCCCCGGCGAAAUCCAGACUCAGGUGCUGCAGAUCAUCGCAGGCAUCCUCCACCUGGGAAACAUCAGUUUCAUUGAGGCUGGAAACUAUGGCCAGGUGGAGAGCACAGACUUGCUUGCCUUCCCUGCCUAUCUACUGGGUAUUGACCAUAGCCGCCUGCAGGACAAGCUGACCAGCCGGAAGAUGGACUCAAAGUGGGGAGGGAAGUCUGAGUCCAUUAAUGUGACCCUAAACCAGGAGCAGGCCACCUACACACGAGACGCCCUGGCUAAAGCCCUCUAUGCACGACUAUUUGACUACCUGGUGGAGGCCAUAAAUAAAGCCAUCCAAAAACCGUAUGAAGAAUUCAGCAUUGGAGUUCUUGACAUUUAUGGCUUUGAGAUAUUCCAGAGGAAUGGCUUUGAACAAUUCUGCAUCAACUUUGUCAACGAGAAACUGCAGCAGAUCUUUAUCGAACUGACCCUAAAGGCUGAGCAGGAAGAGUAUGUUCAAGAGGGCAUCAAGUGGACCCCCAUCGAGUAUUUCAACAACAAGAUUGUGUGCGACCUCAUUGAAAACAAAUUGAAUCCUCCCGGUGUAAUGAGUGUGCUGGAUGAUGUGUGUGCCACCAUGCAUGCCAAAGGAGAGGGUGCAGAUGGCACUUUGCUGCAGAAACUGCAGGCAGCUGUGGGAACACAUGAACAUUUCAACAGCUGGAACUCUGGCUUUGUCAUACAUCACUACGCUGGCAAGGUGUCAUAUGAAAUCAACGGCUUCUGUGAGAGAAACCGAGAUGUGCUGUUCCCAGACCUAAUUGAGCUCAUGCAAAGCAGCGAAUAUGACUUCAUCAGAAGCUUGUUCCCUGAAAACCUGAACACAGACAAGAAAAGCAGGCCGACCACAGCCAGCUCUAAGAUCAAGAAACAAGCUAAUGAUUUGGUGAACACCUUGAUGAAAUGCACUCCCCAUUAUAUCCGCUGUAUCAAACCCAAUGAGACUAAAAGACCCAAAGACUGGGAGGAGAGCAGAGCGAAGCACCAGGUAGAAUACCUUGGACUACGAGAAAACAUUCGUGUAAGAAGGGCUGGAUUUGCGUACCGCAGAGUCUUCAAUAAGUUUCUGAUGAGGUAUGCUAUCCUGACAGCUGAGACGUGGCCAUGUUGGAGGGGUCCAGAGCAGCAGGGGGUCCUACACCUCCUCCGCUCUGUCAACAUGGAUAACGAUCAGUACCAGAUGGGACGCUCCAAGGUCUUUGUGAAGAAUCCUGAAUCGCUUUUCCUGCUUGAGGAGAUGAGGGAGAGGAAGUUCGACACAUUCGCCAGAAUCAUCCAGAAAUCCUGGAGAAGGUUCAUUGCAAGGAAGAAGUAUGAACAGAUGAGAGAGGAGGCCUCUGACAUCCUGUACAACUCGAAGGAGCGGAGGAAAAACAGCAUCAACAGAAACUUUGUCGGGGACUACCUCGGUCUGGAGCAGAAGCCUGAGCUGAGACAGUUUAUGGCCAAGAGGGAGCGCAUCGACUUUGCCGACUCUGUCAACAAGUAUGAUCGCAGGUUCAAGUCUAUCAAGAGAGAUAUGAUCCUGACCCCAAAGGGCAUCUACUUGAUUGGUCGAGAGAAGGUGAAAAAAGGGCCUGAGAAAGGAGAGAUAAAGGAGGUGCUGAAGAGAAAACUGGAGUUCACGAGCAUCAGUAGCGUCUCUCUCAGUACGAGACAGGAUGAUUUCUUCAUCAUACACGAGGCCCAAUAUGACAGUCUGCUGGAGUCAAACUUUAAGACAGAGUUCCUCAGCUUACUCUCUAAACGCUACGAGGAAGUGACCAAGAGAAAACUGACAAUCUCCUUCACUGACAGACUGGAGUUCAGGGUGAAAAAGGAGGGCUGGGGCGGAGGAGGCUCCAGGGUGGUGGUUGUUCAGAGGGGGCAAGGGGACCUGCCCCAGCUCAAACCUGCAGGGAAGACCCUCACAAUCACAGUGGGGGACGGUCUACCAAAGUCCUCCAAGCCAACCAGGAAAAGUGCUGCACAGUCCUACGGUGGAGGGAGAAACAAUGUUGCCAGCAGAGGGCACCCGAAUGGAGCGGCCAAGUUUUCCAGAGCAACUCAGAACAAACAAUCAGACAACGCAUACUCCUCCCCACACAAACAGGCCCGACCACCCAGCACAGCUCCGCCCAAACUGGGCUCCCAGAGGGCCCCCCGAGUCCCAGCUCAUAACCAGCACAACCAGGGAAACCUGGACUUCCUUAAUGUGCCUGACCAGGGCAUGUCUGGGAAGCAGAGGAGAAGGAGCAUCAAUCAGAGACCUCCUCCUGCUCCGAAACCACAGUCUCGACCCCAGGGGCCCCGCUGCCGGGCGCUAUAUCAGUAUGUGGGCCAGGACACGGACGAGAUCAGCUUUGAUGUCAAUGAGGUGUUUGACCUCGUCAAAGAAGAUGCGACAGGAUGGUGGACAGGGAGGAUUCGAGGACGGGAAGGUCUCUUUCCCGGUAAUUAUGUAGAGAAGAUUUGAUCAGGACUCGAUCUUUACUUGUGGAGAUUCACUGUGAAGAUUUUUAUUAAAGCAGCACAUCCUGUAUGUUAAAUAACCUGUUGGUUAAAUGUUCAUGGAAACAGGGCUAGUAAAGGUUGGAACGAGCUGAUAUUCGGGUCACAUAUGACUUGUUCUACAUGGUGACAGACAUAGUUUCUUAAAACACAAAUCCACUGGAAAUAGCUGCUCAGGUUUCAUCUCUCUAUUGUCGUCCCAGGGUCUUUUGUUUUAAAUGACAUAGCAACAAGGUCUAAACCUUGACUCAGUCUCCAACAACACCUUUCUUCAGGGUGUGAAAAAGGUUGUAAAUGUCAAACUUUUUUUUAGAUUAGAUUUAAAAAUAUUCUUUGAAGAAAGUGGCAAUAAAGAUUGAUUAGUCGGGGUAUAAAAGUAUUCUGUAACAUUUUUUUUUCAUAGUUCUAAGACAGAUGAGAUGACGACAGCCCCAAAAAUAAUUUUGUGUUGAAGGGACCUUGAGAGUGCUAAAAUAGUUCUUGAAAUGACUGAAAGAUAAAGUUGCAGACUUUACAAGAAAAAGACUUAAAUGUGCUGCAUUCUCCUGGUGCUUCCUGCUGUCUCCACUCUUCAUAUUUCCCGGAAGCUUUUCUACAUGUCUAUUGCUCCUCAGUAGUCAUGAUUGAGACUUAGGCUUAAAAUCAAGUAAAUCAAUGCAUUCUUAAAUACGCUGAAUAUGUAAAAAGUGAACUUGACUUUUUAGUUUUUCACUGAAAACAAAUUUUGCUUCAGUUAAUCAAAGCCAAUAAUAAGACAACUUCUGGUCUUAUUUAAAAGGUAGAUUUUUUUUUUUUGCAUUGUUGUUUGGGUAAGUUUCUCAUACAUUGUUUUCAUCUUAGUACAAGAAUAAAAAUAUAUUUUCAUAUUUUACCUCAAGAACUUUUGCACUGGUUUAAACUGUAUCAUCAGAAAUGAUAAAAUAUUUCUGAAUAAAACAGAAAGGGGAGACUAA